CAUUCUCCCUUGAAAUGUCGUUAUAGGUAGAUAUUAUAAAGCUUAUCUGUGGUAUACUUAUGUGAUGUCAUUUUCUACCAAAAAGAGUUUGUAAACACGAUGAGAGUUUUAAGGAUGUGUGUAGCCCCCACCCCUUUCGUCAACUAUGUGAAUAUUGGCCAAUCAGAAAGGGCGUAAGAUCGGCGACGACGUUACGUUGGAAGGUUAGUGGUGUCAUGGCGGAUGGAACGAUGGCAUUGCUACGGGAAUGGAAUGGCAAAUAACGACAAGAAAAUGCCUUAACAACACCUAAAUCCGUGCUCAAACAUCUUAUGAAUGAACUGAUUUAUAGUGAAAGCUCGCAAAAUGCUUCGACGCCUUAAGUUUUUCUUUUUUGUUGUGUUUUUAGUAGCAUGUAUUUUUACAGUAUUCUUGGUCCGCCAUUCUAUGAACACUGGCGUUGUAGUUGCUUCGGUCAAGACACAAGACCGAGGGAAAUCACAGUUGCUUGAUAAGUAUUUUCAGAUGAUUAAGGAUAAGAUUUCAAAAGGAGAGGACUUAAAUAGCAUUAAAAAUCAAGUUUCAAAUGAGAUUUUAGGAGAAUACUUAGCCAAAAUCAAAAACAGCAACUCCGAAGGCGCUUCGAAAACAGACGCCGAAGAUGGAAAGAAUAGCACUAUUAAAAAUGUACUUAAAUCAACGGAACCAUCCGAAGAGAAAAACAUUAAACAGUCCAAAAAACCUCCAGAGGAAUUAUCUUCAGAGACGGGACACAGCGAAGACCCGGUAGAUAAGCUUAUCAAGAAAUCGUUGAAGGAAGAAAAGGAGAGAGAUCAUUCGGAAGGUGACGAAGUAGAGACUACAGCUCCUCCAGUGGAAGAGCAAGAAAAAGAGGAAGAAAAAGCUUCCGAGAAGCCCUCUGCGGUCAUCGAGGAGGCGAAUGAAGACCAGGAACUCUGCCCUGCAAAGUCUGAUUCAUUAGUUGGCCAACUGUUUGUCAAUCAGAAUAUUCCAAAAAUGGAGGAGCUAGAAAAACAUUUCUCUGAAAAGUUUGGUGGAUGGGUGAAAAAAGGUGGAGCGUGGAAGCCUACAGAGUGCAAAGCAAGAACAAAGGUUGCUCUGAUUGUCCCAUUCAGAAAAAGAUAUGAGCAACUUGGAAUAUUUGUUCGUCAUAUGCAUCCAAUGUUAAAAAGACAGAAUGUAGAAUACAGAAUUAUUAUUGUGGAACAGUCAGGGGAUACACCAUUCAACAGAGCUAUUCUGUUCAACAUUGGUUACAAAGAAUCCCUCAAGUUCAACAACUUUGAUUGUUUCAUCUUCCAUGACGUGGACCUGAUUCCUGAAGAUGAUAGGAACGAGUACAGCUGCCCCACUUCACCACGACAUAUGUCAGCAGCUGUAGACAAGUUUAAUUAUCAUUUGCCAUAUGCAUCAAUAUUUGGAGGCGCUGGUUCCUUCAAGAGGAAAGACUUUGAAGAAAUUAAUGGAUUUUCCAAUAAAUUCUGGGGCUGGGGAGGUGAAGAUGAUGACUUGUACCAAAGAAUUACUGCCAAGGGUUUUCAUUUGACAAGGCCCUCGCUACAAAUAGGAAGGUAUAAAAUGGUGCGGACACACCACCACCAGAGUUCUAAGGCUGAUCCCAACAGUGGUGCAAAGUUGCGCACUUCACGCCAAAGGAUGCACAAGGAUGGAUUAAGCAAUCUCAAGUAUAAAUUGCUGAAGGUGCGCGAGGAACCCAUGUAUACAAUGGUCACUGUUGCAGUUAACCCUAAGGAAACGUGACAACACUUAGCCUUUCAUCGUUCACUCUGAAGCCCCAACAGCACUCAGCCUCUAGCACUGACUACCUUUACCUAAAGAGCUUUUACGAGGCGUAAAUAACAGAUCUUCCAUAUUGACUACCUUUACCUAAAGAGCUUUUACGAGGCGUAAAUAACGGAUCUUCCAUAUUGACUACCUGAACCGAAAGAGUUUGGAGGAGGCGUCAAAACAAGGCCUUACUAUCUGUACUGAAAGAGCUUGGAAAAGGUGUCAAUAGUACUUCAAUACUGACUACCCGUACCGAAAGAGCUUGGAGGAGGUGUCAAUAAUACUUCAAUACUGACUACCUGUAUCAAUACUGACUACCUGUACCAAAAGGGCCCAGACACCGUCAACCCCUUUCUUUUGGAGGUCAUAACCUCCUUAGAGAAAGGCGUUAUCUGCACGCUGGCAUUGAAAUAACAUUGUAAAGGACCUGCAGAUUAUCCUUUGAUUGUACCUGGUAUUAGGCCAGGAGAAGUGUUCGUUUAGCGCCCCAGUUGCCAUUGCCAUGGAAUACACAAGGCGCAUCGCGUGGUCGAGUGAUUUUGGACCAUUUUCCAUAUGAUAAUUUUUUGAGAAAAUUAAAGAUGUUAUUGUGAGAGGUUUGAUUAUGAUAAAAAAUGAAUCAGUAGAGGACAUCUUUUCUCGUCUAGUAUUUCGCUAUUCAAAACGCAAAAAGUACAUUAAAAAACAUUGUUUGAAAGAGUAGAGUUGUAAAGAAGCUUUUAUGCUUUUUUGAGUGGUUUUCAUUAGUCUAACCCUCGAAACAAAGUGUGAUAGACAAAGUGUAAUAGUCAGGAAAACAAGAGAACAAUGGAAUUGGAUCACAAUAAAGCGUAAUACGCCAAAUUGUAGUUUACGGGUUAAUGAGAACCACUUUAUUAUUUUAGUAUCUAUUUAAAAUCAUUUAUAUAGACUACCUUUCUGUAAAAAAAUAUUUACAUUCUUAAAUUGA